AGAGCAGCAGGCAUGUCGCAGGCAAACUACAGAUACUGUCCUUCCUGGGACCCUUGGAAGAUCGGCUGUAAAAGACUUGCAAGAAGCAAAACAGGGGCAGCAGCUCAGAUACCAAAAAUGAAGUUCGUUUCUGGCAUGCACAAAGUACCAUUAAGGAAGAGGGAACCCUCAGAUAUAUCCAAGGACUUUUCAGUGCUUUCUCCUGGCUUUAUUUUGCCUCAUACAAAAGGACAAGUCUCCGUUAUACUGGAGGAGGAAUUAAACAAAAGGGAAGGAAAAGAGAAGGAAUUAUUUGAGAAGACAAGACCUGCUGACACAGCCUCUGCCAUACCCAGUUUGCCCAGCACUCCACCCAAGCUUCAGACGGAAGACGUGGUUGCUGACUUGGUGGAACAGAUUUCAGAGCUCACCGGCAUUAUGGAGCAGCUGCGCCGAGAUCAUGAAACCAACCACAAGCAGCUGGAGAAUGAGAUGGAAGAAAAAUGCAAUGAACUGCAGCAAGAACAUGAGAGCAAAGUCGGGCAGAUUGAAGCAUUUCAUAAAUUGGAAAUGAGUAGUCUGGAAGAGCAGUAUAAGAGCGAGCUGAGAACAGAAAGGGCAACAGCCCAAGAGAAGCUGAGUGGCAUGCAGAAGGAAUACAAGUAUCUGAAGAACGCAUUCCGUGUGUAUCAGGACAGCAUUUCUGAUGAAAUGGAGGAAAAGUGGCUGAGAAGACAAGCGGAAUGGAAGAAAAGUGAGAGGACUGAGCGAGAGAAGGCGCUGCUGCAGCAGAAGCAGUCCUUGAUGAGGAAGUUUGAGACGGAGAUAGAGGAACAGAGGAAGAUAAUUCAGAAUAAUAGUUUUUUGCUAGACAGAGCCUACCAGCAAGAGAGAGAGGAUUUUAUCAAGCAACAUGAAACAGACGUGGAAAAGAUAACCAUUUUGACCCAAAAGAUUGAUGCUUUGGAGGAAGAACUAAAGGAGAAGAACGAGACUUUGAAUGCAAUUGCUUCGUCCCUUCACAACACAGAGAUGGAGCUCCAGCGUGAGAAAGCCGGUGUGGCCGAUACGGAGAAAAAUGUCCUGCAACGGAUUGCAGUGGUUGAAGAGAAGCAUCGCGUCACCAUGGCCACUCUGGUGGAAGAAAACACGGCUCUAAGGCGCAAGCUCAUUGAGAAGAAUGAAGAGAUACUGAACGAACGGGCCCAGAGGAGCGUCAUAUUUUAGCCGCAGCUGGCAAGGACCCGAAGGGACCCCCCCCCGACUUCGGCAGCAGCCUGCAAGGGACCUGCAUUGCUGCGGCAGACCCUACACCGUCACGUCAAAUUUGCAGGCUCCUAUUCAUUGCUGAUGACUU